GAUGCAGACCAGUGUUAUGUAUGUAAUUGUCAAAUGACCAUCCCUAAUUUAUCAGCGUCCACGUUUCCAGUGCGUCUUUGAAUGUUCUGAACUCCUGCUUCGAAUGCAAGCUUCUCUAGUUGUGGUUGUUCAUCCCUACGUUCUGCGCGCGCGGCAAUGUUAGUGGAGCAUCAUCAUGAGGAGGGGCACAAGAAAAAAAAAGAGGGUGCACGGGUCAGCCAUACAAGAAGAAGGUGGGUGGGUGCGGGGGGUUCAGACCCGUUAUCGUAAAAUGGGAAGGGGUUAAAAAAAUAGAAGCGAGUGUAGAAACAGGAUUGGUUUGCCCGUGAAAAUGCGACACUCGUACCUGCCGCCGCUGAAAGAGCGACAGCCUAGAAGAGCCGCGGGCGUUGCGAUGCUAAUGUUGUCGGGGGCUUUGACUUCUCCCAGCCAUUGCGAGCGAGCUGCUCCGCCUGACAGCCACGCUCUCCCCGCGCGUCCUCCUCCUCGCAUUCGAGCUGACGGAAAAGACGCGAACGGACGAAAGAAGACAACCAAUCAAACCUCGCGACAGCAAACAAAACAGCAUAACAAAAAAUGGACGAGACGGAUAUCAUGGACCUGACGCAUCAGAAGGCGAGGAAGCGGCCGCGGCCAAUCACCUCCGCGGACGAGGCGGCGGCGCACGCUCCACUCAAACGAGCGCCGAUGCGGGCGGCCGAGUGUCGGGAGACGUCGCUCAUGUACGCCGUGCGCGGGGAGCCGCUGCCCGCCGCCUCGUUAAAGCAGAAUGACCACUCGGUGACCUCCUCGCCCACCAGCGUCAUGCCGGCGCAGGACAAUCGCUCCAGCAUGUCCCGGCCCAUGAUCACUCGCUCGCCGGUGUCCCCGUUGAGCAACCAGGGCAUCCCCACACCGGCACAGCUCACCAAGUCCAACGCUCCGGUGCACAUCGACGUGGGCGGACACAUGUACACCAGCAGCCUGGCCACACUCACCAAAUUCCCUGAAUCCCGAAUCGGCCGCCUCUUUGAUGGCACUGAGCCCAUAGUGCUGGACAGCCUGAAGCAGCACUACUUCAUUGACAGGGACGGACACAUGUUCCGCUACAUCCUCAACUUCCUCAGGACGUCCAAGCUGCUCAUCCCAGACGACUUCAAAGACUACAGCCUGCUGUACGAGGAGGCCAGAUACUUCCAGCUGCAGCCCAUGCUGUCCGAGCUGGAGCACUGGCGCCAGGACCAGGAACUGGGUCGUGUGUCGCGCCCCUGCGAGUGCGUGGUGGUGCGCGUGGCGCCCGACCUUGGCGAGAGGAUCACGCUGAGCGGCGACAAGGCGCUGAUCGAGGACGUCUUUCCCGAGAUCGGCGACGUCAUGUGCAACUCGGUCAACGCCGGCUGGAACCACGACUCCACGCACGUCAUCCGUUUCCCGCUCAACGGGUACUGCCACCUCAACUCUGUGCAGGUUCUGGAGCGCCUGCAGCAGCGAGGCUUCGAGAUUGCCGGCUCCUGCGGCGGCGGCGUGGACUCGUCCCAGUUCAGCGAGUACGUUCUGCGGCGGGAACUGAGGAGGACGGCUCAGCGAGGAGGACCAAAUUCCAACAGGAUAAAGCAAGAGCAGCUAGACUAAAGACUGCUGGACUUUUCCAAGCAUUGGACUCCUCACAUUUUCUCCACUUGUGUUAUUUUGUUGAUGUUUUUGUUUUCUUAUAAAAUCAUCUAGAGAAUUAAAAAAAAAAAAAAAAAGAGGUGCAUCUGCUGUGGGAAGAUUUGCGACAUCUGAAUUAGAGAUUGCGAGGACAUUUGUGAUUGUCUCACCCCAUAAAACACGACUGAGAAAGAUUUAUAUAUGUUGUAUCCCUAAAUAAAGUUUGUUUUAAAACUUUAAGCCUACAUUAGGUUGAAUAUGAGUUGAAAUCAGCAGCACGUCAGCGUCGCCGAUGGUUCAGGCUCUCACGUGUUUGCAUGUUCUCCCCGUGCUUGCAUGGGCUAAUUGAAGAUGCUAAAUUGUCCAGAGGUGUGAAUGUUUGUUUGUCUAUGUGCCCCUUGCGAUUAACUGCAACAACCAGUCCAUGGUGUAUCCCACUUCUUUCACCAAAAGUCAGUCUCGAUUAAUUGCAGACUCAAAAGCCGGUGUCGCCGUCAUUGUUAGCCCUCCAGGACCACUUGAGUAGCCUGCAGGCCUGUCCUUCAAAUAGCACACGCAUACUUCCAUUUUCGUAUAUGCGCGUUACUAUUCUAAAAAUAAUUAGCGCUACUUACCAGUAAGCUUUUAAUAGGUCAAAGGUCAGCAACGUAGCGCACGACCAAACAAUAGCGUUGGUGCAGAGAAGUUAGCCAGCGAACCGACAAUGAGGAAAUGAAUCAUUACCUAAUGACACUGAUCAUCAGCAAAUUCAAAUCAGAGACGCAUUUACGUCCCCAAAUUGAUUUUUUUUUACAAAAAUGCUAUUGUCAUUUUUUGGUUUUUACGUUUGAUUGAUAAAAACCUGUGCAGUAUGGAUUUUACCAUGCGUUGAAAUUUAUA